UCUUCGGUAGUGGUUCAUUUUAUCCGAAAAUCGACAGUGCUUCACCAUGCUAUGCCGGCUUUUGGUAAAUUCGUUCGUUUGUUUGGCCCUUUGACAAAACAUGUCAGUUCCUUCCGUACAAGCAGCUGAUUAAGUUGCACGUGAGCUCCCUGUGCGCGUUGUAAUGGGAUAAGAAAAGGUUCAUUCGGUGCGGUAUACGGUUGAGUCACUGUGCAUUAAUACGGUAUCGACAUUGUUUCGGAAACUGUGACAAAUAUCAUAACAUCGAAUUUCGUACUAUUACUAUUGCUUCAAACGAUUCCAAACACGUACUAAGAGAUCAAACACCGAAACAGUGAAUGUGUUACAAUGUAUUUUCGUACGUUUACGCUGGUUCCAAAUGUGUUCAUACUUUAAUUAUUCAAAAAAAAAACGAGUUGCGUAGGUAAUACAGUAACAUCCAGGAAAGCGAGAGCUCAUUGUUAUAGCAAGGCAGUAAAUUCAAUCUCAUACAUUAUUCAAUUUGUUUUUGCAACCAACAACAACCGUAUACUAAUUCAUUUCAUCAACAAAUUGUAUCUUCAAUGUGACGGCGCUUCAAUUCUAAUAUCGAUGCUGUAUCAGCUGUGCGAUUUUACGUGCAGAAAAAACGUGUUUGUGUGCAGUAACUGUUUGACAAAUACUAAAAAAAAGUCCUAUAUUGUUUCGCGCUGUGUGAAUAUUAAAGUUGUUUUCAAAAAAAAAGGUGAAAAACCGCAUUGCAUGAAUCUUAUAAACCUCCAAUUUAUGCAAUGCAUUUGCGGUUCAUAUAUGUGCACUGUAUGUAAGUACGUGUAAAGUGUUAACCGUUUACAGUUUACGAGUAGUUUUGAAUUACACUGUUAAGUGCGGCUGCAGUUGCAUACGAGAGUGGGUUUCACAUGGAAAAUGCAUAAAGAUAUGAUUGAAAGAUGUUAAUUCUACAUCGUGUAUAUGUGAGUGUUAUUUUAAUAUAGUAUGACCAUUUCAUCAUCUUCCUGAAAUGGCAUAUAAAAACGAAAGGAGUGUGACAAAAUAAAAUGCUGCUGUAACAUGGUUUGUUUUCUGCGGUGUAUCCUGUGUUUAUCAUGUUCCGGAUGACUCGGCAAUUGGCUGAGUUGUUGCAACUGUGUUACUUUUACAAUUUUACGGCUACUCUCGUGUGUGUGUGUGCAGUGGUGUUAUAAAAAUGCGAAUGAUAUUAUGUAGCGAGUUUAUUUUCCUGGCGAAUGAGCAGUUUCAUUGCCAUUUCUGAACGUGAUAUAAAUGCGGUGAUAUGAUAAGGUGUCUAAAGGAAGAUGAUUGAUGAAUGCCCAUUUUACAUUUUGCUGCAUAAAUGUCAAGGUUAAAUGUUUGUGUCUAGUGCUUCAUAUUAUGCUUGUGAAUACAACCUUGUUAUCGUCGCGUCUAUUUCAAAACGUUAUGCAUAUAAUGAAAACGUCUUCUUGAAAUAUAACAUAUUGGAAUUAAAUCUUAUCACAUAACAUGUUUCCCACCGUCGCAACGACGGCCACGCGUACUGCUGCCUUUCUGGACCGAGCAAAGCGGAAGAAGAUGUUAUAUUUAUUUUGAAAAAAUUGGAGCAAACUACUCGCAUGGACUUACUCAUCGCUCAAUCCAGGAAGAUUGUGGCGUGAAUGUGGCACAUUUCUGGCGUCCGUCAUGAUGUAUCAAUGCUGUUUAAUUGUUCUAAUGAUAGCACACUGUGUAUCAUCAACGGGUCAACCAAAGCAAGAAUAUCAACUCACCCAUCCUUCAAACACCGAUGACAUUCAAAACACCAGCCAGAUUGCAUCGCACACUAGCAGUACUGGCCGGAUAGAGAGCAAUUUUGCUGUCGGUGACUCUGGAAUUGGACCGUUGAACGAGCAGGAUGUCUACGAUGAAAAUGAUACAUCAGAAAAUGACGAAAGCGACACUGACAACGAUCGACCGGUAACGGUGGAAGAAAACAGGUACGAUGCGGAUGACAACAGCAAUGGCAUUAUUCACGAUAGCCCCGUACGGAUAAUGUCCCCAUUGAAUGGUGGCAUGCUUGCAUCUACAUCCGUACACGUUAGCGUUCAAACGGAAUUGAAUGACCUAGAAGCUGUCGAGGAUACAUUAGAAUCAGAUGGUUCGAAACGUUUUCUGCAGCACCAUUAUCAAAACCCAAGGGAACCCCGGAAGCAACUACAGCAGACAGAAGGCACAGUUGUUCAGCUACCUUCGUCGCUGUUGGGUCUGACCACUAACGUCGACAGUAGUAGCUCUUUUUCUACAACAGAUCUAUCAGGGCUCACCGUAUCAGCAACGGUGGAAGAUGUGUCACAGGAGCAACACAUCACUAAUCUAUCUUUAUCAACCCAACGAACAAUACGAAGGCCAUCGUCUGGUGUGCAAUUGGCGAUGAUGGUACAUAAUGCAGAAGACGGCAGUAAGCCCAUGAGAAUGGAAGCAGCCACCCACUCACAUAACGACCCACCCAAAUCGAUACAGAAGCAUUCCCCAGCACAGCAAUCGAUAUCCGAUGCAUCAAGAAGAAAUAAUCCCAUCAGCAUUUCAAAUUUCCACUCCAUCACAUCCAACGAUACGCUAACAACGGCUACAGCAUCGAGCCUGCAACGCCAUCGAACAAUUAAUUCAAUGAAUCUUAAUCCUACUACUCCGGCAAUGGUGGUGAAACCCGUGGGGGAGCAUCGUAAGUUACUAAAAAGUACCGGUCCCAUCCUGAACUAUGUGUUCGACCAUCAUCCGCCGUACUACAAAUCAACUUAUUACAAUACUAGGUACGGGCCUCACUUUGAAACUGAUAACGUCACCAACAUCACGGUACAGAAUGGUGAUACCCUUUUUUUAAGUUGUAGGAUAAGCCUGCUGCAGGAUAAAACGGUAUCCUGGGUUCGACGAAAAAGUGGCGACACAGCUUUGCAGCUGUUAACCGUCGGAAAACAGACCUACUCUGGCGAUUCCCGAUACCAAAUCGAGUUCCAAUAUCCCAACAACUGGCGUCUGAAGAUUUCACGAGCGAACAAGAAUGACGAAGGGGUAUACGAGUGCCAGAUAUCGACACAUCCUCCCAAACUUAUUAUUUACUACCUGUAUGUAAACGCACCCGAAGUGGCCAUCGUGGACGAAGAAGGUGCCCCACUAUACGAUAAGUACUAUGAGGUUGGCUCGACGAUAAAGCUGAUGUGCAAAAUCCGACACAUCUCGAUGUUACGGUCAGUCGUUUACUGGAUACACAACGAAAACAUUCUCAAUCACGAUACAACGCGAGGCGGUAUCAGUGUAAAAACGAAUUUAACAAGUAUAGGAGCCAACUCAACGCUCUUUGUAGCGAAGGUCAAUCGGCAAGACUCCGGCAGCUAUACGUGUUCGAUAGGACCAAACCAACACUAUUCCAUCUCCGUGCAUGUGCUCAACGGCACCGCCAAUCCGUUCGGCAUCUAUCAGCGAUCGUGUGCCUUUCCAAUCAUUCUACAAGCCGUGGAUCUAUGGCUUGUUAUCAGGAGUCUCUUCUUCCUGCUGCUCAAACUAUCUGUUGGAAGAUAAUAGUCGGCUUUAUCGUAGUAACACAGGAUAAUGAACCACCUUUCCACGAUGGUUCCGAUUCCUUAACCUGUCCAUGUACAUGUGUAUGUGAUGCACUCUUAAAAUCCUUCAAAUCUGCACAUAAACAUAAUAUGCAUUUCUUACAUCUAAUGCAUCGACCCGUAGGAUUAGGAUUAUUAACAAGAAAGGUAGUUCGGAUGCAUUAAAAAAAUGUUUUAAAUAGUUUGUAGAGCAAUGGGUUGACUACUAGGUUCGUGUACUAUUGUUAUUUGUUUUUAACUCGUUUCUGUAAAUGAUUCCGUUUCUGUGUUAGAACUUGUUAAAAUAGUAACGCGUCUGAAACAACAUGAGAAGAUAGCAGAAGAAAUUACCAUAAUUUUCAUUACAUAUCAUGGAGGCAUGCGAUCAUAGGGCAUAUUAACCCUUCAUGGUAAAGCUGUAACCAGCUCUACACGGAUUAAAAAUAUGGCAUCAUUAAAAGAAUUUGAUGUACUUAAAUACGACAUUCUAUACAAUUUCUAACAUUAGGCAACAAAUAACGGAUACAUAACGAAAGAUAACAACUAUGAAAAUUGUUACAAAACUAACCUACCCAUUAUACAUUUAUUUGCCUGCUUUUGUUACAUUUUAUACUACAUUAUGUUGCAAAUUCGAAACGGUGAUCGGGAUAGUUGAAAUAGAAUGGAAAACAACACCGAUUACUAAUGGAAUAAUAGAAAUAUAUUUCAAACGCAGCGGCAAAUUACUGAACGGUUUAACCCUUAAAGCAUACCAUGCUUACCUAAACUCUAUAAAUGAUACGUCAUGCUAAAGAAAGAUAACCAAUGAAAACAAACCUUAGUCAUAUUUUUAUAGAAACCAGGAAAGUAAAAUCGUACCAAACAGCCAAACGGUAACAUCGCAAUACUACUUAAUGUAUCAACACUUUCCACACGAGCUGACUUUAACACAGGAAGCAACAGAAACAUAUGUAAAAAGGGUAAGCAUUGCGUGUACAUAGUAUGUUAAAAUAGUUAUAUCAUUGUUUUUGUUACAGAAAUAAUUUAACAUAAUCUUUUAUUCAUGCGUAAAGCGAUUAUUGCAGAUUGCAGAUAAGAAUGCAUCGGCUAUAUAGUAUGUCGAUAUAUUGAAAAAAAAAACAAAACGCACGCACCAAAUGCAUGCUAUCUUUUUGACGAUAAUCGUCAAAUAUGAACUAACAACAAAAUACAUGUACAUUAAAUUCAAAUUAACAACGAUAGAUAAAUUAGCAAAUUCAAACCAACGUAAAACAUGGAAUUUGAAACAUGAAACAUAACGUAAUUUGUUUGCAAACACAAGAAGUAUGAUAUGAUGGAAAAAUGAUCGUAAAAGGUGAAAGCAGGACGAAUAAAUAUGCAAAAAUAUGCAAAUGUUUUAUAAGAUUCUAGUUCCUUCCUCCACCGCCUUAUCUUUUCUAUUUGCACAAAAGACAACACUUUUGCAAAUACGAAGGGCAGCAAACUUCUCUUGGCUUUGGUGAAAUUACGAAAAAUUGUCUUAAUAUGUUAAUACUUCUGUUAAUUCAUUACACCAGGUUACAUUUCAGGUUUGUAUUUUUUCAUUCACGCUCAAGCCCUCUUCCUCCUGGCAUUGUUGUGUCUAUAAGCCACAGUUUCUGUUUCGAUUUUGUUUACUUUUUUCAUUUGCACUUUCUCGCUCUAAAAGCUUAUAGUUCAUUAAUAUUCGCAGAAGCUCUCAUGCCAUUCGUUUUAUUGUACUAAUUGAGUAUAAUUUUUCAUUUAAACUACCAACGGAUUAGCCUAAUUGGGAAUCUCGUUGUAUUCAACCGUUGCUUUUUUUGUUCAUUUUCUACCUCCAUCCUGUUGGAUCUGUGUCUUUCAAAGGAAAGACGAGUAAUUAUUCUUCACUUUUUUCGUUAUUUUCCUGGACAACCAGGUAGAUUUCGCUUAACAUAACUUAGAACUAAUGUAUGAACAUUUAGUUAAUCCGAAAAAUUAUCAUAUUUACACAUUGAGACUUCUUAGUCGUAACUUACGUCAAGAAUGCUCUUCUUUACAGGAUACUAAAAUGGUAAAGUAAUCUGAGAACAGUACAUGGUACCGACUCAAUGUAAAACGUUUCUUAGUUUGUACAUUUCUUGAGAGCAUUCUAGAAAGCAUUUCGAAAAAUUAUCAGCUAAAUGAGCGAAAUCUGUCGUUCGCUAUCAACUGACGCAUUUUUCAUAUUCGAUUGUGCGAUUCUGUCAAGUGGGUUCGCCGCGUUCUAUCGUUUGUGUUUCCUACUUAUGUUUGAGUUAUGAUUAUAUUGUUUGUUAGGUGCGGUCCGGUGAUGUAUGUGAUAAACGGCACCAGUUCCACACGAAAGAACCGGGUAUCAUACCUCAACCGUCCUCCCGUAGUAAGGACUAUAAGCCAGAAAUGGCCGGCAUGAUCUUAAAAGGUCGUCAAGCGAAAAGUAGAAAAAUCUGCUUUGUACUGCUAAAAGUUAAUUUCUCAUUUUUUCUUUUCACCACAAACUCAUUUCAUAUCGUUCCACAACCAUCGUACUCACCUAAUUUACAACCGUGUGACUUCUAUGAUAAUGAUAAGUUCCACCUCUUACAACAUCACAGGUGUGAGAAGGACGAAUCAACGAUUAACGAACCUCAUAUAAUGUGAUAAAAACAAACUAACGUCACUUUUAAGCUAGCUCGAACCAGUUGUCAGUUGUUUUGCUGAAUCCAAGUAUGCUGAAUAAUCCCAUGGGUUAACGGAACGCACACUAUGAGGCGCUGGUGUGAAGAUUACGUUCGGGAGAUCGACAAACACAAAAAAACAUUAAUAAUAGAAUGCGACGAGCUCACCUUAGAGAAUCGCGCAAACGGAUAUGAAAUACACGACAAUUAAUAGAGAAAUAACAAAUUUGUUAGCGGAUCGGCAACACUUUACAUAGAAUCGCAUAUCCUUGAUAUACAAUCGCGAGAAUAUCAGAAACAUUCUGCGGACCACAGGUUGUAGACCACUACACUGCAACAACGACUGUUCCAUUUGGCGUUACGACUAGUUCCAAAUUUUUUAAUGCAUAUUGGGGAUCGUUUUUUAUCUGUUGGAAGAACGAUAGGCAGGAAACUGAACAAGGAUACUUCCAAUAGUAUAUUUUUAGCUUUUCUUUUGGCAUGGAACAAAACUUAUUCCUAGAUCGUAUUCCAUCGAUAUAACAUUCUGCAUCAUUGCAAUCAAAUUAUUUCAAUUAAGAUGGUCCACGUCAUUCAGGCUAAUUUAAAAAGGGAUAUUUCCAACGAAAAGAAAAAAAACACAACAGACGAAACACAAUUGAUGACUACGAAACCACCGAACAAUUCAAUUGUGGCACACUAUUUUUAGGUACAGACAAUUCAAUUGUCACUAAAUAUGGAAUAAAGAAAUUGAACUAGAUCUAUUAGAUACGUGGUCCUUUGAGAUAUCUUCAAUGGUACGAUGUUCAAAUUCAAAUUCGUAAUCUAACUGUGCAUAAUGCACAUAUGCAGCACCAAUUCCAGCUAUUAAAUGCCAGCUGUAACAAAUAACAUAAUUUUCACACAAAAAUUUUAAUUUAUAAGUGACUCCCAUUGACAGAGUUACUACUUAACAUAUCGUUUACAUGAUUUGUUUUUUGCAUAUAAUAUAAAAAAUAUAUUAUAUACUUCACGAAUAAACAAAUAUUCAACAAAAUUCCCCUGGUCAUUCAUACGUGUUAAAACGUCUACACCACUUUUCGACUAAUUGAGCUCAACACUCUGAAAGGACAGCUUAAUUCAUCUCUCCUAGAAACCGUUCAGUUAUUCUAAAGUUACUGUCUUACACACUCCUGUUGACUCGCUGCGAAUGAAUGUGACGGAAGUUUACUGAAACAUGGUAUAAUAUCUGCUCGCCACAAGCCUCACCACUUAUCCUGUGGUUUCAACACCGUUGGAAUGUCUUUAAUAGUUUCUCAAUAGCUUCAAGGUGCUGCAGUACGGAAUGUUCCCCCAGCCUGUUACUACCCGCACCAACAAGUUUAAACAUCUAUCUUUUCGAGGAAAUGUGCUGAGCUAACUUUAAGCAUUUUGCCCACCUCAAUCCUACCAUCUAGCUUGACUGGUUCUAUGCGAAAAUCGUUUGUACAAGAGCUCAGCUGCUAUUAUAGAAGUACAUAAAUAUUCUGCUUGAAACUAUUAGCAAAUCUCCACCCCUACCUGUACAUGUAGGCCCCAACAUGGUGGUAGCGAUUCAGAAAUGGGAAUGGGAAACUACAAGUUUACCCCCAUCUUCAAUUUUUGCUGCAGAAAGUCAUUGCGAAAUCACACCAACUCACACAAACUGCUCAGUAGCGCCCGGGGCCAGCUUUAAAUGUCUCUUUGCUCAGGAGGACUUUUGUAUUUUAUAGUAAAAUUGAUAUUUAAUGGUAUUGGCUAUAGGAAACGAACCAUUUCUUCUGCAUACAAUUGUCCAUUGCAAUAACAGUAUUAGACAUUUCAUAACAUAACAUUUUAAUUGAAAACUAGCGUAGAGCCAUUUUCGAACGAAAUACCAACAUGAUAUGCUUAACAGUUGUUUGUUCUAUAGACCCAAAAUAGUUACCGCUACUUGUUUAGUCCUGUUAGUUUCGACCUGCGAAUUUUCCCAUGCCAAUAAAACCAUUGUUUUGUGGCACGGUUGUAUCCGCAAUCAAAGUGUUCAGUUACAAGCAGCGAUCCCCCAUGUUGUCCCUUUGUCUGCAAUCUUAACAAUCACUUCCUACCAUCGUAUUCAAUCCUCUUGCCGGUUCACAUACCAACUACAAGCGAUCGGAAACAGGAAACAGUUACCCUCGUCGAAAAGGUACAUUAUUUCCGAAAUAAAUAACCUCCAACACGAUAACGAUCGGCAAGAACUGCAACACUUGCAUACUCUCGCACCGGAGUAGUUGUGCGCUUCUUUGUUCCUCAUCGAAGGGAUGCAAACGUCUGAUUAUUCUAGUUCGAUUGUGCCAUGUGUACAAACGUGAAAGUUUUCAUUUGACUUUUUUUCAUUUUUACCGAUUCUGUUAUACGAUGAGAAAAAAACGUUUAAAGUUUUAUUGAAUGGAAACCAUAACUUAUCGUGUAUCGAAUUAACAGUAGUUGCCUCUUCGUGUUGAUGUGAAAAUUGGAUCAAAUUCAAUCGACCCAAAUUCAGCCAUCAUUCAACAACGGAAGUAAUAAGGCAAACGGUGCGUCUGAACAAACAUCAAAUUGUGGGGAUGUGGAGAAAAAAUUGCCGUACCAUUACGGAUUGAUCCUAAACAGAAAGAUUUAGAUAGAUAGAACAUUUAUGUUCGUCCCAAAUUUGUAUGCUAGUUAACAAUUAAAUUUUUAUUUU